AUCUAUGUCAUCUGUCAAAUACGCCCCGUCUAAUGUCUAUCGAAAAAAUCGCGACGUAAACAAAUAUAAAAAUAUAGAAUAGUUAUUUUACAUUUCUUGUUGAUAAUCAUAACAUAAUCGCUUCGUAUUUAGUUCGUCGGCGAUGGAUAGUGUAUUUGAUAAGAAGCCAUAUAAAUAUUGUAAUUGAUAAUAAUCAAAUGUGAUAUCAAUGCGCUCUUCGGUGAGCUACAUUCUAUCUCACGCGCCUGGCGAGUCCGUGAUGUCGCACCCUGACUACUCGCAGCACGCCCAGCACCAUGCCUGCCUGCUGGUGCUGGUCAAAGGCAUCGGCGGCAUGCUCAAGAACUUUAACAAGCUCUGGGAGCGGAUACAAAGGGUCAACAAUAUUAAAGUCACUGAUUCAACUGGCCAAGUCAGAGAUAUAUGGGUCAGAUAUGUCCGAGACUAUCCUGUAGAGAACAAUGAUUGGGGAGACUUUCAAACUCAUAGGCGUUUACUUGGCCUUAUAACCCUAAGUAAGUUCACCAAUCAAGUGGAGCUGAAUGAAGUGUGCCGAGUACACGAGUCUCUCAAAGUGAAGUACUCCAACACGCUGUACGACUCCAGGGCGUUCAUGUUCGGUCCGGUCAGUAAUAUGAAGAAACCGGAACAGGAACCGGAGACUUACAGCUACUUCGAAGAGGAAAAGCCUUUGAGGGAUGGUAGUUUGAGCGAUAGAACAUCUAUACCAAGUGAGCAAGCAGACAGCCUCUCGUCUUCUGAAAGUUUCCCACAAUCGACAUCCUCAAACGCUUCCUACCCUAUUCAAGAGGAACGCUUCACAACUCCGUCCAACUUCAAGACGCACGCCAUGUUUUACGGGGAGAAUGACCCGGUUCCAGACUUAGAGCAGAAUGUAGCUGAUCUGAUCAACUCGUUGUUCUGGGUAGUCGAAUCUAAGCGAUUGGAGAGAUCCAAGGAGAAGUUAGAUAAGGUUUCCUUAUUACUUGCGCCGUUUGAAAAGAAAGACUUUGUUGGUCUUGACAUGGAGUCUCGGAAUAAUAAGAAGCGCUGCAUGGGUCGAGUGACAAAGAAUCUAGCCGACCUGACGCUACAAGCAGGUCUCGUUGCUGAUAGUUUGACCCUAUAUAAUUCUUCGGCUGAAUUACUCAAAACUGAUUGGCUCUGGCUGGCCGCUGCUAAAGAAGGCCUAUGCACCGCCUCAGCUAUACUACUCUAUCCAAAUCUCCGCAACCCCACCCCACUGCAUCGGAACGCCAGUCUACAAGAAAACUCGCCAAACAAAGCAAAACAACUCUCAUUAUUCCAACCUAACUCGGAUGCUUUUAAGAAUUUAAAAAACAAGGUCACUUCAUCUCCUCUUAAAACAUCGAAAGCUUCUAGUCCAGUUAACCCUCCCAGUGAACUUACACCAACAUCUUCAGACAGUAUUGAGACAUCUUCCAGACAAUCUGAGACUGAUAACGCUGACUCUGAAUCCUUAGCUUCGUCAAGCGAUAUUGAAUACCAAAGCCACAAGUCUUUCUUAGGCCCUGAUCUGCCAUCGAUCCCUAGGCAACCGCCAUCUCAAAUUAACAAUCAGUAUUUACUCAAUGGUGAGGAAAUAGCCGAAAGGUAUCGGGAAGCUAUUAUGGAUUACAGUAAAUAUAAGAAUGCAGGGGUAGUGGAAACGGAGGCUUGCUUCAAGGCAGCAAGGAUUGCGGUUGAACAAAGCAAUAGUCUGCACGCGUCCAGCUUUCUGCAGAAUGUAAUUUUCAUUAAUCUAACUUUGAGUGAACAAGAGAAAAUUCAACGGUUUGAAACACUUGCUGAACUGUAUAAAGAGAUUGGUUUCCAUCGCAAGGCAGGUUUUUGCCAACGCUUGGCAGCGACUCGACAAGUGAGUCCAAAUAACCCGAGUCCAGACUGGCAGAAGUGUUACUACCUAAUGCUACACAGCUUCCCGGGCUACAAGCUUAGCUUAGACCCCAAUUAUGUCAUCCAGCAUCAAGUUGGAUGGCCAGCCCUUCAAAUCCAGCUGCUCCAGGAGUUAGUGGUGGCCUCGCGUCGUAUGGGCCACCCCGCGCUCGCCACACGACACAUGACCUUCCUGCUGCAGACCAUGUGGCCGCACCUCACACGUCAGGAGCAUCGAGAACUAGCUAUACAAUUGCAGGCUCUAUCAGCUCAAUGCGAGGGCGGCCCGGUCCCGUUAGUCCUAGAAACAGGGGAAGUGAUCCCUCCAGCCAACUUGUCCCACGUCCCGCACUGCUCGUGGUUCAGCGCGCGGCCGCUGGCCCCAGCCCGUCUGCCGCACUUGCGACAGGCCAAGCCCACGCAUGGGCCCUUCAUAUUCACUCCCAUACACUUUGGAAGUCUCGAGAGGAAUGGUAAAAAGGAUGAGGGGAAACUUGAAUAUCUAUGGGUAGAAGACGAUAUAUGCGAAGUGCAAAUGAAGCUGACAAACCCUCUGCCUUUCGAACUGAAAGUGUCCAACAUGAGACUGCUAACAUCAGGUGUCGUGUUCGAAUCCAUUCCCGAGACUAUUAUCCUCCCUCCCGAUUCACCAACUACAGUCAACCUUCACGGUACCCCGAAAGAAGUUGGAGAGCUACAAAUACUGGGAUAUUCCACUCACACUUUAGGCGUUAAGUCCAACUGUCGCUUGAAGAAUAUGCCUACUCCACACAAGUUCCCCGCUUCGUAUACCAUUGAGGUUAUCCCGAGUCUUCCUACAAUUACUAUUGAGACUACAGUUACGCCCUCUGGAAAUCUUAGUUCAUCAAGCAUGGAAAAUGUUGGCAGUACAACGAAUAUAUCCUUGUUCAACGGAGAAAGUACUGACUGCUCCAUAAAGAUCACUAAUACCAGCAAUGUGCCGAUUGAACAUCUCGAAUUGGCUAUUCAGUCAAAUAUGGACAGCCAGCUUCAAUCAAAAGUAUUCCAGUAUUCCAACGAUGAUAUUCAAUCUCAGCUACCAAUACCGCCAAAUCAAACUGCAACAAUUGCGAUAAAACUGUAUGGGGAAGCUGAUUUCCUUGAUUUGGGAGGUGUUGGAGGUGACAACUUGUUCCCUAACAGUCUGAACUCUAACUAUCCGUCGCGGGUUGGAUCGCCUGUACCCAAUGCUCAAACAUCCCUACCCACUCAGAGCUCUAACCCUCAAACGUCGUUAAGCAGCGGACUUAUUGCUAACAGGACUUCUGGCAGCUUCAGGUCCACAAAUUCGCACACAACUAGUUGGUCUGCCCCGAUUUCAGUUAUGUCUCCGUCCAGAGGUCGACAAAUUGAAACACAGUUAAUCAUAAGAUAUUCGGGUGGCGAAGGAAAAGACAUGCACUGCCGUCAAUCUACUCUACAGAUUAAUCUGGAACUCUUACCAAGCGUAUCUAUAACGCAUUGGGACGUUUUGCCAGCUGAAAUCCCAUCUCAACUGUACUUGGUACUUGACGUGACGAACCUCACAUCUGAGGAGAUGGACUUCCACUACGCGCCGAGCAAGCACAUCCUGAUUGAGAGCAAGGAGUCUUGUCGUGUGCCCGUGCCUUUAGACCGCUGCCCUUUUAAUACUACGCCCAGUAAGCCCGCUGACGAAGAGCUGGUAGAAUCGAAGUCGACAAACACGGGCACGUCGACCAACAGCCUGGAGCUGAUGUGUUCGGAGCACAUCACGAACAACAUCGACCUGCGCUGGCACCUCAUGCAGUCCGACAUCAGUGGUCGCGCCUCGGUUAAAGGAAUCACUCUCUCGCAAGCCAUGAUGGAUAUUGUGAGGAUGUCACCGCUGAAUUGGGAGGUGAGCGUAAACAGUCAAUGCAUCAAACCACAAGAGGAGUACAACUGCUCGGCGGGCGAGUGCCUGUCUCUGGGCGUGGCUGUGUGGAACCAUCUCACCAGACCGCUACACAAGCUGUGCCUCUCCGUGCAGUUCUACCAGGAUUAUAAUAACGGAGUGCUGAGCUAUAAACUCGAUAACCGAGUCGCCACAGCUGGGAAUAAUAAAGUGGUCCUCUCUACCCUUCCGGAGUCAGCUAAAGCAUACCACGAGUGUACCGUCGUUUUCUUAACUCCUGGUGAAUACAAGAUUGACAUUCAGUGUUCGACCACUGAACCAAUAUUAGACGAGGUUCCACUUAUCAAAGAAACUGACCACCCAUCCAUAAUACAACCCUGUGCGGGAGAAGUCAGUCAUAUAUGGCGGUUCAUUCCACCAGUAGCUAUAAGCGUCACUGAUUAAAUUAUAAGAAUUUAUUUAAAUAUGCCUACAAUUGUUUACUUAUUUAUGAAUAUCAAU